UUCAUUACUUUACUCUCUCCUGUCGUUCACCAAGCUCAUCCAUGGACAUCUCCUGCUCUUCUCUCCUCACUUUCAACACCACUUCCACUUCCACUGUCUGCCCACCAAACAAAACUUCAUCUCUCUGCCCACUUAACAGAACUUCAUGCUCCUACUCCUCCUCCUUGUUUCUUCAGAAGAAGAGAAGGGAUAGAAUAGUGUCAUGCAAGUAUAAUGGCAACGGCAAUGUGGGGUGGGCGAAUUUGAAGGGUGUGCGUGUGGGGGCUCUGGCUGUGGCAGCUGCGCUUCAAUUGCAAUUGCAAUUACUCUGCGGGAGUAGCAGUGCCAGUGAAUUUGACAUAUUGAAUGCUGCGCCACCCAAAGAAGGGGAAACAUAUGUGGUAGAUGACGCAGGGGUUUUGAAUCGCGUGACCAAAUCUGAUAUCAAACGCCUUCUUUCUGACUUGGAGUCUCGCAAGGGCUAUCACAUCAACUUCGUCACGCUGCGCAAACUCACUAGCAAAGCAGACGCAUAUGAGUUUGCGGACUCAGUGUUGGAGAGAUGGUACCCGAGCGUGGAAUUAGGGAACAACAAGGGCGUUGUGAUGCUGCUCACCAGUCAGAAAGAGGGAGCUGUAACGGGCGGCCCCGCCUUUCUUCAGGCUGUCGGAGACCAAGUUCUUGAGGGCGUUGUUUCACAAAAUCUCCCUGUUCUUGCGACUGAUGAAAAAUAUAACGAGGCUAUGUUUAGCACUGCCAAACGCCUUGUGGCAGUAAUUGAUGGACUACCAGAUCCCGGCGGUCCCACGUUCCAAGAUAAAAAAAGGGAGUCAAACUUUAAGACACGAGAAGAAACAGACGAGAAGAGAAGCCAGUUUGUAACUGUGGUUGGUGGCUUGCUUGUAAUUGCUUUUGUUGUACCCAUGGCACAAUAUUAUGCAUAUGUCUCUAAAAAGUAAUUAUGUGUAGUAAUUAGUGGAAUAAUCCACUUUUAUUGAAAAAAAAUAAUUAUGUGUAGUAAUUGUGGAAAACUCUAUAAAUACCUUGUGAUCCUUCUUUCCAGUUUCUUAGAUUUAUAAAUUGCUUCAAGGAGGAUGAAGUAUGGACGACAAGGACUAGUUUUACCCACAAACAUUAGAAUCACUCUUGUUUUGGAUUUUUGUUUUUGAAACAUAUUCUUUUACAUCUUGAUUUAAUAAAAUGAUAAAUGAGCUUAUUUUU